AUGAGCAGCAGAGCUACAUUUGAAGAGUGUUGGUGUGAACAGCUGAGUGUCACUGACCUGAGCACGUGUUAUCUCCACGGACAGAACAGAGCCACAGUCCAGGGCAGAGCAGAGUCUGGAUCCAGACACCAGAGGAACAGAGGCAUGGUCGAGCCCCAGAGGAGUCCAGUCCAGACCUGGUCCCUGCAGCUGCACCUCCCCCUGACAGCGAGUGGCUCCUCCCUCCAGCCUCACACUGUAAGGCCCUGA